UCAUCAACUCAAGCCAAAUGUUAGCAAACUAUUCUUCGUCGAUGACGUAAGGCCCGUAUACUGCAAUCUACAUCAAGUAUUCUAAAUUGUGCCAUAUUACAUGACUACAAAUUUUGCAGGUUAUUAAUGCAUAUGCACACAUUAGCAAUGUUGCAACUGAUGCUACAUCAUUCAUUUCCACCGUAGAAAGCAGAAGAUUGCUAGGCGAAUUUGGGGGUAUUCCAAUGGGAUGCAAAAGCCCACAUGUUGCUAAUGUAGCAACGAAAUUUGUAGGACGCAAAAUGGUAUGCAUAUUUCCUGACUUGUUUAAUUGUAUAUCUUGAUUUUCCCUAAAUUGAGUCCGCUUUAAUUUUCUGCCAGGUACGUGUCCCAAUGAAUGUGCACAGCAUGCACUGGUUAUUACUCGUUUUUAAUUUAGACAAAGAAGAGACCCAGGUCCUAAACUCCAUCCAAGCAUAUCGUGACAUUGCCAAGGAAACUGCACUGGUAAGCUUGCUCUCUUGCUUCCUCUUACCUCAUGUGACACUUUUUGAAAUGCACUGACGCAAUCCCUUGAAUCACUCCUCAUACACCAGGUGGAGUCCAUUCAGGCGUGUAUCAACGAAGCGGUCGAGGAUGGCUUGGUAACACUGCCUAAACCCAUCAAUAUUACCCAGUGGAAAACCACUUGCUAUACUAACAUACCACAACAGACGGAUGGGUACGUAUAGGCAGCUACAUGAUUCCUCACCUACAUUACAAUACUUAACUUCAACUUUACAUCACAGUUAUUCCUGUGGGGCGUACACACUCAAAUACAUGUUGACAUGGGACGGAGACAAAAUUACUGAGGAUUUCACACAGGCAGAAAUACAUAUUUUCAGCUGGAAAAUAUGUUCAAGCCUGCUGCGUUCGGAUUGCAACAAGCUUCGGAAAAAAUCAUACAAGAAUCCUAUAGAGAAGGACGAGUACGAAGCCAGCAUUCCAGAGGAACGAAAAGGUGCAGACGACGACGUCACGAUUGUCAGCAACCCUGAUGUUACAAACAAACCAGACACAUCCGGUGCCCCAAAGCGUAAACGUGGACGCCCGAGGAAGAAUGCCCCUCCUAGUAAUCCAGUGAAACAACAAUUUGACACAGAGACUAUCGCUAAACAAGUGGAGUCAAAAAGACGCAAGCGCAAACCAUCAAACGCCGUGUCCAGCCCAUUCGUACAGCCAUGAAUGGGCUACACGGAGAGGCACUUCAAGGGCAGAUCCAAAUGAUUGAUCUUCAUGGCAUGUUCUUUGAAUUAAAGACUACACUUAUGUUCUAAUGUUUUUGCAUAUUAUUUGUAUGCUUAUGUCCAUCCAAAUGCUUGACUUUUCAUUGGUUCUUUUUAGAAAAAACCCAGCUAAUGAGCUGCAAGAUCCACUUCUAUCAUUUGCACCAUCUGAUCCAUACCUUUCUGCAUCGGAGUAACCUUACAUCUAAAACACUACCAUAAGUGACUACUUACAAACGCAUGCUCCCCAUUCUAACGGCGCCAUACACUGCGUAAGUAUACCGUUCUGGUUUAAGUGGAUGAUGAUUAUGGCUGAGGCAGGGUAAUUAAGGAAGAAAAAUCAUAGCAUAUAGAACACAUGAGCAAUUAUGUAAAUAUCAUGGUUACACUACUAUUUCUCACAUCACGAGUUGAGUGGGAGA